GACUUUGAAAGCAACGCUGCGAUCGGGUUCCGUCCAUCUGUCAACGGACAACCACCCCAUCUUCACACGACAUUUCAAAGGCUCAGCAAUGAUGCGCGCAAGAGCUCUCUACGACUGCGUGGGGGAUACGAAGGAGGAACUCAGUUUUAGGAUAGGCGACCUCAUCACAGAUAUCAAGGCUGUCGAGGACGACGGGUGGUUCUCCGGGAAACUCCAAGGGUUGGGAGUUGCGGGGCUGUUUCCUGGGAACUAUGUUAGGUUUUUGGAGGAGGGGGAGGAUGGUGAUGAGACAGCUGCGCCCUCUAUAGCCACCGCUGCCCGAUCGUACACUACUGGGGCCGUUCGCUCCACAUCAGCCAACUCCGUGUCUUCCCUGGGUCGCGAAAACGCGGUCGGUGGUGUAUCAGUCGGCUCAGCAGGCCGAUUCCCCACCGUGACGCCAUCAAUAAACCUCCGACGAGACCUCUCCAACAAUUCGCUCUCAUCCGCCGUAAGCGACACAGCAUCGAACUCGGAUGCAGGGUUCCGCUCCGGUCUACGGUCCGCCGCAAAACCUGCAGAUUUCGACUCGAAAACAACCGAGAGCACCGCGUCCCCAGAAGCAGAGUCUGAACGCCGGUUAAAGAAGAAGAUGGAGGUUCAAGCCACCCGCUUGGCUAUACUGGAAAAAUCCAACGCGAUGGCGAAAGCGGGGCGCGAGAGCAUGAUCGCCGCCCGGAAAAGCUCUUAUGGGAACGUCGCGGGUACGAGGGCGUCGGAAGACUCGGAGCAGCGAUACGGCGCUGGGCUACCGCGGUCCAGCAGCGCGUCGUCGGGGUUGUCGGUGGGGACCGACGAAGGAUCGGUGGGGAGCGGGGUCGCACAGCUUCGUAGCAAAUUUGGCGGGAUGGGCGUGACGGAGAACUCGAAUGCGAGUGGUCCGGCUGUGCCUAGUCGACCGCCUGUUGUGCAGUCCAACCAGACCUAUGCCGGUCCGGGACUGCCCGCGCGUGCCUCACCAUCCCAAAUCCGAAAAUCCGCUACGGCGCCGACCGCCGCGGUCUUCACCUCCGUCAUGAACAACCAGCUCCAGAGCGCAGAAGCGGACGACACUACAACAGAACGACUAGUCAAACCCUCCGCCCUCCGCGGCCAACCAACCCCUUUCAACGCCGCCCUCCAACAACGCUCAGUCUCCCACACCCUCUCAACCUCAACAACCGCCGUCCCCACCUCCCUCGAACAAACCCCAAAACUCCGCUCAUUCACGUCCUCCGCGCCUCAGUUACCCCCAUCCCUCCCCAACAGGCGCCCCGGCCAAGAACCGGAUCCGGCACAACAACAGCAGCAACCAUUCGCGUUACCAGCCCGUCCAGGCGCAGGAUCCGCCCUCGGCCUCCCUAAAGCCGUCGACACAACAGGGCCCCCCAUCCCCUCCCGUCCCUCCACCUCCACAACUACACCACCGCCCACCCGCCGCCCAGCCCCUCGCCCGGUCCCACCCCGUCCCACCCCCCGCCCUGUCCCGCCCCACCCGACCUCAAACACACCCCCCAUCCAACCAGACGCGGUACAACGAUACACGGAACUGUUCCAUGCAACGGAUACGGACGGGGAUGGACGUGUGGGCGGUGAGGAGACGAGGGGGUUAUGGUUGAGGAGUGGGUUGGGGAAUAUGGAUUUGGGGUUGAUUUGGUACGUUCUGUCUUUUUGGUGGAUGGGAGAGAGGAAGAGAAGGCGCGCUUUGUAACACUUGCUCUUUUAUUUGUGGAAAUAGGAAUUUGGCGGAUAGGGAUGGAGACGCCAUGCUGUCCCUUGACGAGUUUUGUAUAGGCAUGUACCUCAUCGACGCACGACUGGGCGGGACGGAGAUUCCUGAGCGGCUGCCUAAUGAGCUUGCGCGAUGGAGUGCUGCGUGAAGAUUGAAGAUGUCUCUUCUUUUGCGAGGGAGCGUCAUGUGCCCUCCCUACCGA